CCCGCCCCUCUCCCUCCUCCCGCCCCGGCGGCGGGUGGCGGGUGGCCGGUGAGUGCCCCGGGGGUGCGGCUCCCCGCGGCCCAGCGCAGCCGGCGGGGGAUGGCGGCGCCUCAGCUGCGGCGGCUGCGCCAGGCCCCGCGGCACCUGCUGGUCUGUGAGAAGGGCCACGCGCGGCACGCGCGCUCGCGGCACGCGGCGCACGUGCGGGACCACGCCUAUAACUGCCGCGUGUCGUUUUUGAUUCCUGAAUGUGGCAUAUUACCUGAAGUGCUGAAAAGUACUGUUGCAGAUGUUGGAGAGUACUACCUGGUGAGGAGUUUACCGGUUCAUGAAUUGGUUGCUCAGGAAUUCAUUGAUGCUUUUGUGAAGAAAGGUUCGUGCUACGCACUUAGCUAUAACACAAAAAUUGAUCAAGAUAAUACUGCAGCUCUGCUACCAAAUGGAAAACUAAUUCUGUCGGUGGAUAAGGAUACUUAUGAGGAACUUGGACUGCAAGGUCGCCCUUCUCAGUAUUCUGGCAAAAAAGUAAUGAGAUAUAUUAUAACUAUUGACCUGACUGAUGCUGGCUUUCACCCUGAUAGCAAGAAACAUAACAGAGUGCUCUGGGCCUUGAAAGAAAAGAAACCUUUAGAAUUUGACUUCCUACUGGCUUGGUAUACAAAUAUAGGUGCAGAGGGAUCAACGUUGAUGUCAUACUUUUCAAAAAACCAAAUACAGGCCCUGAAGCCAAAAAUAACAUUCAGCACGUUAAGGGACUUGCAGUGUCCGGUGUUACAAAGUAAUGAACUACAGGGAAAGCCAGAUGAGUCCUGCAGUACAGAGGAACUGUUUGAAUGGCUGGGCGCUGUCUGGAAUCAAGUUAGCUUGGACAACACAUCAUCUAGCUUCUUAUCAACCUAUUGCUGUCCUCAGCCCAAUGUAAUGGUGGAAAAAGCUUUUCUGUGCACAAUCACAGGCUUUAUAAUUCCUGAGAAGAUAAUUCAGUUAUUGGAGCAGCUGUGUUGCUAUUUUGGUGAACCAAAACUGGCAUACUGGCUGACCUUAACUGUACAUGGUUUUGCAGACAGCCCUGUUUCCUGGAGAGAAAGUGAACAUGGUUUCCACAAGGGAGGAGAGAACUUGUACAACUUCGUCAUUUUUAGAAAUCUGGACUACUGGCUUCAGAUGGCUGUAGGAACUAAUGAUGAUUGUCCUCCAUAAAUCUAUGGCUACAGAAGAAGUUUUCUAAUAAUCCCAUGUUACACUAUAGAAACCUAAUAAGAUAGGUUUUUUUUAUAAAAGUAAUUGGGUAAAAAGUUAUGUACUAAGAGGCUGUAUAUUUUUUCCCCAUAAUUUAUAGCCCUUAAACAAUGACCUACAAUGGAAGGAAUGGAUUUUUGUUACUUCACUGUCAUACAGUGCCUUCUGAAAGACUUGACAAUUCUAGCUUUUAAAUGUGGUUUUGAGAGUUUAAGGUCUCAGGAAUUGACUGUAGGUGCUUUCCUUUUAUCCAAAAGUAAUUUUGGAAUUUGAAACCUAGUUUUACAGAUAGCUAGCUAAAAUACUGGGGAGGCAAGCUCGUGUUGGGAUUUAGUGUUUUCUUUCUUUACAUUAAAGAUCUGUAAAACCUUCACAUUCAUGUUUAAGACAUUUCAGCCUGCAUGUAGUCAAAUAAAAAAAGGUGUUCUCCAGAAUUUGUAGGGUGGGGAGGAGAAAAAAGGUGAGAAGGAAGUAUGUGACAGCGGGAGGAGCACCCAUUAAACAUGGAAAAAGUAAAGGCUUGCUGACCCACUUUUUGGAUUUUACAGAUCACAGUUGGUUAUCAAAGAAGUUAAUUUAUAUCAGUGGUGCAAAAGGCUGCUACUUGCUUUCUUAAUUGACCUCCACACACUCACACUCACACUCACACCCCCACCCCCACCAAAUGUCUACUUUUAGAAGUAGCUUGUUCUUGCUUACAGGACAACUCACAGAGCCAAGAUUUCACUGUCACAUUAUUGCAGAUGCAUUUUUGGGAAGAAUGCUAUGGCCAAUGCAGAUUAAGUUAAACUGGUUUUGUUAGCAAUAAUGCUGGGAGCAUAGGCAGCUAUAAAGAAUCCAGGUUUACUCCUGUUGAAAUCCAUGAAGGGUUGGAUGGUGGUUUGGGGAGGGUUGGGUGGAGGUUAUUUGGUUUUUGUUUCAUGGAGCAGGUGUGUAUCAUUAAAGUACCAGUGCAGCGCUUAACUGGAAGUUGUUCACUUGAUGGGGUGAGAGAUUGGUAGUGGAAUUUAGGGCAUAGCUGUAGCGGAAACAUCAAGAUCUUGCAUCAGGGUGAGUGCCACAAUCAUGCAGAAGAAGAAGGACCAUGAAAAGCAGUUGAGCUUUCUUUUUUUUGUCUGUUUAUUGGCGCUCUUCAGUGAGGAGAGCCAUCCUGGAUGAUUUACUGGAUGGUAUUUGUUUGUCACAUCCCUCUGCUAAACAACCCCUUUUGCACAAGUUUUGUUACACGUUUCAUAAACACAACUCUGACAAAUGAGUAAACAGUUUUCUAAAUCA